CGGCAGCAUGUUUUCAAAACUGUGCAGACGAUUUCAAAGACGAUCAUUGUCAAAUUUCCAAACUUUUGUGCGUCAGAAGCGAAAACAAACACUAGUGACAUCAAGUCAAAUAUACAAAAACACUAUUUUCAGAUGUUCGUUAGUUAUAAACCAGUUAGAAAACACAUUAUUUAACAUUUUUAAACAACGAACUACCGGCUUCGCGUUCAAGACCUUUGCUGUGCCAUUUGCAGGAUCAUUGGCACUGAUAGGAAUCAAAGCAAAUUGUUCUGGGAAUUUUGAUGCAAAUCAUUUGAGGCUUUUAGAAGCAGUAAAAGAUAAAGACAAUAGCACCUUAGAGAGGCUGAUCAAAAGUGGUGUAGAUUUAAAUAAAAGACACCAGUUAGGAUGGACAGCCUUACAAGUAGCUGCAAUCAACAAAAAUCUAAAAGCAGUGGAAUUGUUGUUGAAGAAUGGAGCUGACCCUAACUUAGGAGAUGACUACACUCAUUAUUUGAUGAUGGCAAGAGAAAGGGGCUUCAAUGCAUUACAAGUAAUGUUAGCCAGAGAAGAACAAUUUAGUGACAGAUUAAACAGACAAUCAACAUUCCAGGGCUGUACAGCUUUACAUUAUGCCGUGUUGAUUGAUGAUGCUGCCAUUGUGAGGGCUUUGUUGGAAGCAGGAGCAGAUCCUACAAUAGAGAAUAAGAAUGGACAUAAACCAGUGGAUUAUGUGAAGAGUGAAAAUGUCAGCCAAGUCCUACAUAAUGCAGAGAACAAAUUCAAUGAAGUGAAAGAAGCUAAAGAAGCAGAAGAGAGGAGAAAGUUUCCAUUGGAACAGAGACUGAAACAGUUCAUUAUUGGUCAGGAGGGGGCAAUCAAUACAGUGGCUGCAGCUGUAAGAAGAAAAGAGAACGGAUGGUAUGAUGAAGACCAUCCUCUUGUCUUCCUUUUUCUAGGAUCCUCUGGUAUAGGCAAAACAGAACUAGCAAAGCAGGUAGCAACAUACCUACACAAAGAUCCUAAAAAGGCUUUUAUUCGAAUGGAUAUGUCAGAGUAUCAAGAAAAACAUGAGGUUGCAAAAUUUAUAGGAUCACCUCCAGGGUAUAUUGGACAUGAUGAGGGAGGUCAGCUGACCAAGAAAUUAACCGAAAGUCCAAAGGCUGUAGUACUGUUUGAUGAGGUAGACAAAGCACAUCCAGACGUUCUAACAAUCAUGCUGCAAUUAUUUGAUGAGGGAAGGUUGACAGAUGGCAAAGGGAAGACAAUAGAAUGUAAAGAUGCCAUAUUUAUCAUGACUUCCAACUUAGCUAGUGAGGUUAUAGCUGAGCAUGCAUUACAACUGAGGAAAGAAGCUGAUGAAAUGGAUAAACAGAAACAUACAGGAAAACUUGAGGAUUUAGAAUCAUCAGAAAGAAUAACUAUAUCCAGAAGGUUUAAAGACCAAGUUGUGAGACCCAUUUUGAAAAGACAUUUCAGACGAGAUGAAUUUUUAGGUAGAAUAAAUGAAAUUGUUUACUUUCUACCUUUCUCAAGAUCUGAACUAUCAAAAUUGGUCACAAAAGAACUACAAUAUUGGUCUGAACAGGCAGAGAAGAAACACAAUAUGAAGUUGUUAUGGGAUCACAAUGUUGUUGAUAUUUUGGCUGAUGGCUACGAUGUCCACUAUGGGGCUAGAUCAAUCAAAUAUGAGGUAGAGAGAAGAGUGGUUACCCAGCUUGCCAUGGCUCAUGAGAGAGGACUAAUACAGAAAGGUUGUGUGAUCAAACUUGCUGCUUCACAUUCUCACGAUUUGAUCAAAUCGACAGAACAAUCAGAUAAAGACAAAAAUGUUCCUACUAUAUCACUACAACUUCAAAAGAAAGGAAAGAAAGAAGAAUAUAUUGAUAUUAAUUUUAAGAAUGAAGAAAACCCAUUUGAUAUUGGCUUUAAGUAAUCAAUAUCUGUUCUCUAAUUCUUUGUGUAGAAGAUAUUAUCAUUGCAAAUUUUUUUCUACUGAUUUUUAUAGUUUGUUUUCAUGUGCUGAUAAACCACUGUCCCAGGUUAGGGGGAGGGUUGAGCGCUCACAAACAUGUUUAACCUCGCCACAUUCUUUAUGGGCCCAUGCCAAGUCAGGAGCCUGUAGUUCAGUGGUUGUUAUUGGUUCAUGUCUGUCAUAUUUGUUUUUCCUUAAUUGUUUUGUUAUAAAUUAGUCCAAUAGUUUUCUUGAUCGAAUUGUUUCAUAAUUGGCAUGUCAGGGCCUUUUAUAGCCAACUAUACGGUAUGGAUUUUUAUACGACCGCAAAUUGCGGUCGUAUAUUGGUAUGACGUUGGCGUCGUCGUCAUCUUAGUCGUCCCAAGACACAUUGGUUUCGCACUCUAACUUUAGUUAAAGUGAAUGGAUCUCUAUGAAAUUUUACCAUAAGGUUCAAUACCAUAAAAGGAAGGUUUGGAUUGAUUUUCGGGGUUAUGGUACCAACAGGUAAGGAAUUAGGGGCCAAAAAGGGGCCAAAAAUAAGCAUUUUUGUAACCUCUAGACAUAACUUGUGUGUUAGUGUAUGGAUCUCUCUGGCAUUGUACCAAAAGGUUCCAUAUUACAAAGGGAAUGCUGGGAUUGAUUUUGGGGGUAAUUGCCUCAAAAUUUUAGGAAUUAGGCGCCAAAAAAGGGGCAAAAAACAAGCAUUUUUCUAGUUUCAUGACGAUAACUUGUGUGUAAGUAUAUGGAUUUUUCUGAAAUUGUGCUACAAGGUUCCAUAUGAUAAAGGGAAAGCUGGAAUUGAGUUUGGGGGUAAUUGCCCAAAAUGUUUAGGAAUUUUGGGGCCAAAAAGGGGCCAAAAAUAAGCAUUUUUCUAGUUUCCAGACAAUAACUUGUGUUCAAGUGUGUAUCUCUCUGAAAUUGU